AUUGAACUUGUACGAAAAAAUUCUACUCCCCCAUUAGCCUCGAAAUCCGAACUACAAAAUCGAGGCCCCCACCAUCAUCGCCCCUUCCAAUUUUUUUUCUUCUUUUUCUUGCCAAUUCUUUUUUCCUUUUUUUUUUUUCUCCUUAACUCCUUUCUUAUCAAAUCCUAUAGACCCACUUCUGCUAAAAUUGGAGUGGAGUCGAAAGAAGCAAAAGUGGGAAAGGAGGGAGAGAGAGAGAGAGAAAGAGAGAGAGAGAGAGAGAGAGAAAGAGAGAAAGAGCUCCAAAUCCAUUUUCGGACGAGUUUCUGAUGAUUUUUUAACAUGGGAGGUACCCAGUGCUAAGAUGGCCCUGUAUCAGAGUCGUUUGAUUCAAGAGGAAGAGGAGGACGACGACGAUGUGUUCUUCGACUCGCACGACGAAAUCUCAUUUCUGCAGGAUGAUAAAUCUACAGCAGAGAAUUCCAUCAGCUGGGUUUCCAGCAAUUCUCUGUACCAUCUCUGGAUUAGAAGCCCCGACAGCGUAAGAGAACGCCGCGACAGGUUUGUCGAAUUGAUGGGUUUCGAUCUCAUUCGCAGUUCCUGUGCAGCCUCUUUUGAAGCUGAUGAUGAAGCAAUUUCAAGAACAUCCACAUCUGUUCGGGAAAUCCGGCCUUUGAUGUCCAGUUGCUCUGGUGAGCAGCCGAGUACAUCGGCUGACGGGGGUUUGGAUGAGAGAUUUGAGUACAGUAUCAAGAAUUUGGAUGAUGGGACCGUCUUUGUGGUCGAUGAGUUGGGUAAUGAUGGCAAUUUUAGGAGUCUUCGUGAAAUUGGCUCGAAUCGGAUGGUGACGCUAUCCGAGUUCGAGAGAAGCUUCGGGUCGUCGCCGUUCAUCCAGCAGCUUAUGCGGCGAGAAGAUGGCUCAUUGAGCGAUUCUGACAAAAUUGUCGUGAGGAGGCCGCGAAGGAUUGGAUGGUUGAGGAGGUUGGGCACUGGGGCUUGUCUUGUAGUUAGAGAAGCGGAUGUAGUUAACUCAAGUUUCUCGAGUUCUAAUCAAAGUAGUAGCGAUAGGGUUGAACGAAUUAGAGUUCAUUCGUGCAGGAAGAGAUGCAAGGAAUUGUCGGCGGUCUACAAGGGGCAGAAUCUGAAAGCACAUGAAGGUGCUAUCCUGACCAUGAAAUUUAGCCCUGAUGGCCAAUACUUGGCCAGCGGAGGUGAAGACGGAGUUGUCCGUGUGUGGCAGGUGAUGGAACGCGAAAGAAACGAAGAAUUUGACGUUCCUGAAGACGAUUUAUCAUGCAUGUACUUCACAAUGAAUACCAAUUCUGAGUUGGCCCCUAUACAUUCCGACAGGGAGAAAAAGAGUAAGAGGAGUAUGAGAACUACGAAAUCGACUUGCGUCGUAAUUCCGCAGAAAAUCUUUCGAAUAUCUGAGGGACCCUUGCACGAGUUCUAUGGGCAUAAUGUGGAUGUCCUGGAUCUUUCGUGGUCAAAAGAUAAGCAUCUACUGUCAUCAUCCGUUGAUAUGACUGUUCGCUUGUGGCGAAUCGGAUGCAAUAGCUGCCUUAAAGUUUUUUCUCAUAAUAAUUUUGUGACGUGUGUUCAAUUCAACCCUGCCGAUGAGAACUAUUUUAUUAGUGGCUCGAUAGAUGGAAUAGUUCGUGUAUGGGAGAUUCCUGAAUCUCAUGUUGUAGGCUGGACUGAUAGCAAAGAAAUAGUCACUGCAGUCUGUUACCGCCCAGACGGGAAGGGAGUAGUGGUUGGCACCAUCACCGGUAAUUGUCGCUUUUAUGAUGCAUCAGAUAACCAUCUACAGCUAGAUGCUCAGGUUCCACUGCAGAGUAGGAAAAAGUGUCCGCUUAAGAGAAUCACUGGCUUUCAGUAUUGUCCAAGUGAUCCUAAAAAGUUGAUGGUAACAUCUGCCGACUCACAUAUCUGCAUUCUUGAUGGGCUUGAAUUAGUCUCGAGGUACAAAGGGCAACGAAAUGCUGCUAGGCAAAUAGCUGCAUCAUUCACUCCAGAUGGGCGGCAUAUUAUUUCGGCUAGUGAGGACUCGAACAUUUAUUUCUGGAACUUUGAAAGCCAAGCUGCGCUGACAUCAAGCCAUGUAACAAAAACAUCAUCUUGUGAGCGAUUCUUCUGCAGUAAUGCUUCCAUGGCAAUACCCUGGAAUGGCUCUCAGACCGGUAAUGUUUCAAGAAAUCUUUCUAUUAUUCGAGAAAAUGCCUCUAAUUGCCGCGAAGAAGAUUCCACUAUGAGCCAUGGGUUCUUUUCGGGUUUACUUCCCAAGGGAUCAGCAACAUGGCCUGAGGAAAAGCUCCCGUUUAGCUCAAUCAGCAAAUCUACUUUGAGGAAUUUCCAAUAUAAAUACCUGAAGGCUUCUUUUCAAAGCACUUCUCUCGCCUGGGGUCAGGUGAUAGUUGCUGCAGGAUGGGAUGGCCGCAUCAGAUCCUUCCAGAAUUACGGAUUACCAGUACAUCUUUGACGUGCCUGUUUGGCGUGACGGGAGCUUCGGAAGAAAAAUUGCUGUCGAGUAUAGCUGUUCGUAAUAGCACCAACAGUUUUUCCAUUUAUAUCCUCUCUAGUAGAUUCCCGUUGCAGCAGAAGCAGAAGAUUUAAGUCGAAGCUUCACAUUUUGGUGUUUAAACGCUCAUUUUCAAUUUCCUAUAAUAGCAGAAGCUCUAAACUUUUUAUGUUGCUGCUCUUUUGGAUAGAAAAGCUGCUUCAAAACCCAGGCAAAAUGAUAUUAGUUAUCGAACAAUCAAUCUCAAUGGUUUAUAUUUGACAGUGCGCACGGCCACAACAAAAAGCUUUUGGGUUCUUUCUUCUUUCUGAGCAGCCUAUUUAGGAUUAUUACUGUGAGAAACAUCCAAUGCUUCUGGUGUUUCAGCUGAAUUUUAGAUGGGCCAGUAACUGUAACAGAUUUGGUGGUCCUUCAAAAUCUCAAACAGCAUCAGACGAAUCGCAGCACCCCCAGGAGGCGUGAUCUCUUUAUAGGCUUCUGCCACUACAGGGUUGUGAGUUUGCUGUUCUACCCUUGUCUUGUUUUGGAGUCCUAUGUGGUGUCCUAUAUAUAUAUUAUUAUAUAUAGUAGGAAUGUAAUUUAUCCAUAAGUGGGUGUAUAGCAAUGCCGCCUGAUUCGAUUGGCACAAAGGGGUGAGCGGGUGAUGGUGGAUAGAGAAAGUUCUGUUUGUUAAUACAUAAUUCGUUCAUUCAUUGAAUUAUUCAUCAGCUGUGGAUGUACAUGUUGUAGUCUCUCGAUUCGGUGGCUUUUGUUUGCUGUAUGUAGGGUACUCAUUGCAGAUUGUUCCAAAUAGUGGUGAUAAAGUCGAAAUGCCGAUUUGUUUUCUUAUCGUUUAGAAGUGAGGCCUUUGUUAUCAUCAAUGUCCCUGUAAUUUGGUUACAUAAUUAGUUUGUUUACUGAA